UUGCGGCGGAGGCUACGGGAAGGCAGUGUGGAGUUUGUUGUUAUCAAGAACAACCUGCUAGACCUGGCAGCCGACGCGGCCGGCAUCCCGCAACUGAAAGACAUUGUCAGCGGACAGACCGGCAUCGCGUUGGGUUACGCAGACCCGGCGCAGGCGGCCAAAACGCGGUUACCAGAAACGAGAGACAUAAUCACCCACAAACCCAAACCGGAGGCGUCUAUCAUGGCAGUCAAUCAAGAAAUUCUGGAAUCAAUUCGCAGCAUGAGCGUUAUGGACCUGGCCGAUCUGGUCAAGGCGCUGGAGGAAGAGUUCGGCAUCUCGGCAGCAGCGCCCAUCGCAGUAGCGGCAGCGCCGGCCGGUGUCGUUACAGAUGAUGCCCCUGCCGCAGAAGAGCAGAGCGAGUUCGACGUCACCCUGGCCGACUUCGGAGCCAACAAGAUCAACGUCAUCAAGGCCGUGCGCGAGAUUACCGACCUGGGUCUGCGCGAAGCCAAAGAGCUGGUCGAGUCGGCGCCCACCCGCGUCCGCGAGGGCGUCAACAAGGACGAGGCCGACAGCAUCAAAGCCAAGCUGGAAGAUGCCGGCGCCACCGUACAAGUGGCCUAA